AUGGGCCCCUGUGUCGUGUUGGUGGCUGUCACUGUCUGUUUGUCUGUCCCCAGCACCCUUGGCAAGCCCUUGGGGAUACUUACUCACGAUGACCUUGGAGCUCCCUUACGGGUCAGAAGAAGCCUCCCAGCUAAUAUCCCUUAUGAAGCUGAUAUGAUGUCCUACGUUCCACCAGAAGCACUUCGCAACGAGCCAUUAUAUGCUGACCUAAACCAGGCCAUGCUCGCAAGACUUGCCACCUACCCUCAAGAAGAACUUCUUGCUCAAGCCUUGGAAAGAAUGGGUUCCCCCCGCAGAGUGGACCCUGCUCGGAAUGGUCCAUCUCUACAACAGCUGGUAGAAGAAGGCCAGAGGAGGGACAAGGAGACCAUCUAUCUGGCCAACCUUCUGCAUCUCUGGAAUCAGAUCAACCAGAACAAGGCCUACGCUGACCAGCUGCAAGCAUUUUCUGGCCCUGCUCAGCCUGAGGUAGAUUACCAGAGACCAUACCAAGAUUAUGAUGAGACUGAGGUGGUGACCAGCAGGACACGACCACAGGCAUCCCGCAACCAAAUGGCACAAGCUCUGCAGAGCUACUACCGACAAAACCGGGGGUUUGAAGGCCCUGCUCUACGGCUGCAGCCAGAAGAGGGCAAUGAUGAUGGGUAUCCCAUGGAUGAAGAGAUGUUAAGGUACCUGGUGACGCGGGUUCUGUCAGCAAUGAGCGAAGCAGAAAUGCCUCAACGCUUAAACUCAAAGGCACAGCGACGCAUGCGGCGCUCUCUGGAGGAUGACCACAGUGAAGACACCCCAGCCAACCUCCUACGUGUAAAACGCCUAGACACUGACAACCCUGACUACAUCGCCAAUGGGGUGCUGCACAGGAAAAGACCAGAGGGAGAACUCGAACACCAGAGGGGAGCCCAGCAUUUCACAGAUCAAAGGGUCACUGAGCAGCUUUUGAAAUAUUUUCCUGAAUAG